GUGAGUCUGGUUAAUGUAGCGAUCGAGCAAGCGUACAGAAAGAAACCAAACACGCAUACCACACGCUUGCCCGAACGACGCGGCCGUAGAAUAACUGCGUUCUUCGCUUUUCCCAGUUUAAAUAAUAUAUAGAUAAAUAGAGCGAGCAAUAGAUCAUUCUCCUUGUUAUCAGCGAACUUCUGUAUCCAACUUCCGGCACCGACUUCCCCAACGCUCAGAUGGAUCCCUACGACAAACAAGUGGUACUAAUCACUGGGUGUUCGGCCGGAGGCAUCGGCCACGCCCUUGCCCUCGCGUUCGCAGCCAACAACUGCCUGGUCGUGGCCACGAGCAGGUCCCGGGGUUCAAUGGCUGAUCUGGAGCAGGACCACAGGUUCUUCCUGCAAGAGCUUGAUGUUCUCUCCGACGCCAGCGUACAGCACGUGCUGUCCAGUGUUCUGGAGCGGUACGGUCGGAUAGAUGUUCUGGUGAACAACGCUGGAGUCCAGUGUGUGGCCCCCCUUGCCGAGAUCCCUCCCUCUGCUCUCCAAAACACUUUCAAUACCAAUGUGUUUGGUUCUAUGCGGUUGGUUCAAGCUGUUGCUCCUCACAUGGCAUCCAGGAAAAAGGGAAAGAUUGUAAAUGUGGGAAGCAUAACUGUUAUGGCUCCUGGACCAUGGUCUGGUGCUUAUACUGCAUCCAAAGCUGCUCUGCAUGCAAUCACCGAUACAUUGAGAUUGGAACUCAGACCAUUAGGGAUCGAUGUUAUCAAUGUUGUCCCAGGAGCUAUUACAUCCAACAUAGCAAAUUCUGCCCUAGCCACCUACAACCGGAUGCCUGAGUGGAAAUUAUACAAGCCUUUUGAAGCAGCCAUCCGAGAGAGAGCCUCUUAUUCACAAGGAUUGAGGUCAACCCCAACAGAGGAGUUUGCUAAGAAGACUGUGGCUGCUGUGCUGAAGAAGAAUCCACCGGCCUGGUUCUCCUAUGGCCAUCUCUCCACCAUCGCGGCAAUCAUGCACCAUCUGCCACUCUUUAUUAAAGAUUUUAUCAUAAAGAAAGCCGUGAAAUGUUGAGUUGUACCCUGUGUGCUUGUUUCCUCCUGUAUUCAUUCUGUUCAUAUGUAUGAUGUAUCUGUAGCCCCCAGCUUUUAAGAUUUUUCAUUCUUGACAAUUGAAAGAUUGUUUCGAAGAAAUAUCCAGGGCAAAGAAGGAAUGGAAUAAUAAUGUUGGUAAACCAUA